GAAAGAUUUAGAUGGGUGGCAGACACUCAGAGUGAGAGGGAGAAGGGGACAGAAUCCUCAGGAGGGGGGCAACAGGGACCCUGAGAGAGAGCUGGUGAAGAAACAAUGACAGAGAGAGGGAGACCCAUAAAGAAGGAUGGGAACCCAAAGAGCGAGGGCGACAGUGACAGGAUGAGGAGUGGGAGGUACUGCUAUGCGGACCGGCAGGGCCACAUGUCUCCUGCCGACUCUCUGACAGGGACAGCUGCGGCCUCCUGGGUAACCUGAGCCCCUUGCCCCCCCUCGCUGUAUUUAUAGCCCUGGCCUGGUGCCAUCCCCUGCCCCCAGAUCUGAGUUCCAGGGACAGGAGGUCAUGGGUACGUGUGCUGGGGCAAAAUUCCUUUCACGCCAUUCCAGGGCUUCCAUAUUGGCAUCCACCUUCUCAGCAAAGUAGCCCAUUCUGGCCAGAAACUCCCCAUAAUCUAACCCCCAGUCCUUCCUGGGCAGGGGUUUCUCCCCUCAGAUACAUCCCUCCUGCUACCCUCCCCCAUGGCCCAGGCUCCCCCCAAAUUGGCCUACUAAAAAUCUAGCCAUUGUCUUUGCAGCUGCCAAACAUGAACUUGUUGGCAAUCCAAAGUCAAAUCCCUUGGCUCCCCUCUCCUGGCCAAGGAGAGACCCCUUCAUCCACCCCCUCCCCAGCUGGGAGGGGGAGGAGCAGGAGGGGAGGGGCAGGUGGGGACUGACCCAGAAUAACUCGGGGCUGAGAGUAAAUUUAGCCACAGAGAGGGGAGGGGAGAGACCCUAUUGGCUGGGAAGUGGGAGGGAGGGCCGGAGAGGAGGGUAAGGGGCUCUGGAGACUGCCUCAGAGGGCCUGGCUGUGAGGGCCAGGGGACAGAGGCCGAGAGAGACACAGCAAAGGAGCAACACAGGGAGAAAGAAACAGAAGGAGCCCAACGUUCAUCCACAUAGCCAUAGCCACAGUGGGAGCCAGCCCUGGGAGAAGCUCUGCUGCCUGUCUGUCCCCAUGGGCCACUGUGGGCCAUGGCUGCACACUUUUCUCCUCUGGGCUGCGGUGGCCAGCCUGCUUCUCCCCACUGCCGUGACCCAGCAGCUGAGAGGGGCUGGGCUGGGGCCCAGCAACUGGAACGACAAUGCAGGAGCUUCGGAGCCCUCAGAGGACGCAUCGGGCAAGUUUGGCCGCCCCACGCACAGCCAUAGAGGCCACGGAGAUGAGAACAAGGAUGUUUCCACGGAGAGUGGGCAUCAUUUCUGGGGCCACGGAGACCACAGAGAAGAGGAUGAAGAUGUCUCCAGAGAAUCCCAAGACCAUAGGUACCAAGGCCACAAGGUGGGAGAUGAGAACACCUCUGAUGAGGAGGAACACACAGAGCAUGCUCAGCAGGCCCGUGGGCACAGAAGCCAUGGGAAUGAAGAGGCGGAUGAUUCAGCUGAGCACGGGCAUCACUUCCCCAGCCACAGGAGCCAUGGCCGGCAAGAUGAGGACGAAGACGAAGUUGUGUCCAGUGAGCAUCACCAUCAUAUCGUCAGGCAUGUACACCGAGGCCAUGGAGAAGAGGAGGAUGAAGAAGAGGAAGAGGAGGAUGUCUCCACUGAGUAUGGACACCAGGUCCACAGACACCAAGACCACGGGAAGGAAAAGGAUGAAGAUGUCUCAGAUGAACACCACCAUCAUGGCCCCAGCCACAGACACCGAGGCCAUGAAGAAGAAGAAGAUGAUGAUGAUGUCUCCACUGAGUACAUACACCAGACCCACAGGAGUCAAGGCCAUGGGAAGGAAGACAAUGAAGAUGUCUCAGAUGAACACCACCAUCAUAUCCCUAGCCACAGACAUCAAGGCCACAGAGACAAGGAAGAUGAGGAUGAGGAUGUGUCCACUGAACACUGGCACCAGGUUCCCAGACAUACCCACCAUGGCCUUGGAGAUGUCGAGGAGGAGAUCACAGUCAAGUUCAGCCACCAUGUUGCAAGCCACCAGCCCCAAGGCCACAAGAGCACUAAGGAGGAAGACUUCCCAGAGGAACAUGAAAGAGCAGUCCAUGGCCAUCACCACCGCGGAGUCCCCAAGGAGGAAGAUGAGGACACCUCUGCCAAGCUUGGCCACCAGGCUCCCAGCCACAGGCAGCAAAGCCACAGAGAUAAAGGGACUGGCCACAGAGGGUCCAUCAAAGAGGAGACUAACCACCAGUCCCCAGAAUACAUGGGGGUAAAGGAUAGAAGCCAUUUAAGGGAGAGUGAUUCUGAGGAGGAAGAGGAAGAGAAGGAAGAGGAUCACAGCUCCCAUGAAGAUGAUGAUGAAGGUUCAGAGGAGGGAGGAGAAGGUACCCACCAUGGCAGCCUGGACCAGGAGGAUGAGGAAGACAAGGAGGAAGGUCAUGGCCUCAGCCUGAGCCAGGAGGAGGAGGAAGAAGAGGAGGAAGAGGAGGAGGAAGAAGAGAAGGAGGAGAGGAGGGAAGAGAGGCCUGAGGUUUGGGUCCCACUGAGCCAAGACCACCAGGAGGAAGAAGAUGAGGAGGAGGGGCUGGAAGAGGAUGAGCUCCCCUUCACCAUCAUCCCCAAUCCACUGGCCAGGAGGGAGGUGUCUGGAGGUGCCUCCAGUGAAGAGGAGAGUGGUGAGGACAUGGAUCAGCAGGAUGCCCAGGAGUAUGGGAACUACCAGCCAGGGUCCCUGUGUGGCUACUGCUCCUUCUGCAAUCGAUGCACUGAAUGUGAGAACUGUCACUGUGACGAGGAGAACAUGGGAGAGCACUGCGACCAGUGCCAGCACUGCCAGUUCUGCUACCUCUGCCCGCUGGUCUGCGAAACUGUCUGCACUCCGGGAAGCUACGUCGACUAUUUCUCCUCGUCCCUGUACCAAGCCCUGGCAGACAUGCUGGAAACUCCGAAACCCUAACCCAGACACACGGCUGCGGCGCAGAUACAUCUCCCUGGCCCUCCAACCCCUUUCCACGGGCCAUAUUUAUUUCUCUGAAUAAACGUGCUCCCCGAAACC